AUGGCACUUGCCGUCGCAGCACCCGUGCAAUCCGCGUCGCCAGCAAUCUUUUCCCUCGAUCGUGCGACUUCAAGCCGCGCCUCGCAUGUGUCGCACGUCUCGCAAGUCGCCACAGCGUGCCCAUUUCCGCGGGACGCGCGCGUUGCGGCGCACCUCGAUGCCUUCGCUCUAGCCAGCGCAGCGAGACCGUCCGCACGGCAGGAUUCGCACAAGCACCGCGCAUGGCGUCUGCGAAUCCGCGCGAGCACAGGCGACACUGCGGCGUCGUCGUCAUCGUCGCAGGACGUGCCUCAGGAAGCGAAGGAUCGAGCUGCGGCAGUGGAGAAGGCGCGCUCAUUGGUGGGCGAUCUCAAGGGCACCAGCAUCUUCCUCCCUGGCAUGAUGGGCAGUGGCAAGACCACAGUGGGCACACUCCUCGCUGGCCUGCUCGGCUACUGCUUCUUCGACAGCGACCGAGUGGUGGAGGCGGCGGCAGGCGGCGCGUCGGUGUCGCACAUCUUUGCAGAGAAUGGCGAGGAGGAGUUUCGACAGCUCGAGACACGAGUGCUGGCGGAGCUGUCCUCCAUGGGUCGCCUCGUGGUGGCCACGGGUGGAGGGGCAGUCACUCGCCCCGUCAACUGGAGCUACCUCUCCCACGGGGUGACGGUGCAUCUGGACGUGCCAGUGGAGCACCUGGCACAGCGGGUGUUGGCGGUGGGCACGGCUGUGCGCCCUCUGCUGUCGCAAGCCACACAGGGGGAGGGGGAGGGCGGAGAGCAACAAGCAGCAGAUGAGAGCGAUGAGCACAGCAAGACGUUGACACGGCUGGCGGGGCUAUUAGGGGAGCGCAAGGCACUCUACAGCAAUGCAGACACCACCAUCUCCCUGCAAGAAGUGGCGAUGCGCUGCGACUCACAAGUGGACGAGGUCACACCCACACGAAUCGCUCUUGAGAUCUUGGAGCGGUUGGAGCAGAUGGUGGCGGAGAGGCAGGCCAGAGACGCCGCACUCAGAGCCAAGGCAGCCUAG